AUGGCACGUCAAAUCAUUGUUCUUGCUCUUAUCUUUGUCGCAGUUGCCGGCUCAGUCGUUUCUGCAGCCCAAAGCCCAGCUUCUGCUCCAUCAAAAUCUGAAUCACCAAAAAUUGCACCAACAGGAUCAGAAGUUGCACCAGUCUCCUCACCAUCCAGCGACAGCGAAGAUGUAGCCGCCACCCCAUCAGCCAGUCCUAAAUCCUCCGCCGAAGCCCCAAUUCAGAAAUCUCCAUCUCCCAGAUCAUCCAUCUCAUUCGCACCAUCUGAUGCUCCAUCUGGUUCAUCUGACCUAAGCUCUCCACCUGCACCCACACCUGAGGCUUCCGGACCUACCGCUGAUGCUCCUACUACUACUGCUGAUGCUCCUGCCCCCUCAAAGCAGAGCAAUGGUGCUAGUGGUUUGACAUACUCUGCUGUCGUCGGCGGUGCUGCUGCUGCUGCUUUCUUUUUUUAA